CGCCCGCGCCGAGCCGCGCCGCGCCGGGGCUGGCGGUCUCCGCAGCGGGAGGAGGAAGAGGAGGAAGGAUCCGGGGUGUCUGCGGAGCGCGGGGGGCUGAGGACCACCCGCCUCCCUCUGCGCGGGCGCCUUUGUGUCCCCCAGCCCCGGCGGAGCGAGGGGCCGCGGGCAGGGGAGCGGAUGCGAAGAGCGGCUGGUGCUGGAGGGGAGAGAGAGAGAGAAAGGGGGAUGGUGGAAGAUUUCUCUCCUUUUUUAUUUUUUUUUUUUUGGUGGUCUCUUCAGCAGCGGCUGUUCUUCCCCAGCAGCAGCAGCAGCGGCGGCGGCGGCAGCAGCGGCAGCAGCAGCACAGGCAAUGACUCUGCCGCAUCCGAAUCGCCUGGCCGGUGGCGCCGGCUCCGGAGACAUCACCUUGCUCUGAAGUUGCCCACCUGGAGGAGGUAAAUCGGAGCGGGGCUUUCGUCCAGAGGGGUCGGCGACGGCGGGGAAGAGGAGGGAGUGAUCGCCUCCCCCAUCCUCACACACUCGUCCUCCGGGAGGAAGCUUGUGUAGCAGAAGAACACGGCAAAAAAGGAAAGACUUUUACUUCUUUCUUUUUUUUAAUUUUUUUUUUUUAAUUUUCCUUGCUUGAGGGGGACGUCCGUGCUUCUGGUCCGGCGCCCUUUUCCUCCUGCCAGGGGGCUUUGGUACUGUGGCCAGGUCUGCUUCCUACUCCCACCUCUGGUUUUAAUGGCUGGAUUGUGGCAGCAGCUCCCUGCUGCAGGUUGUUGAGGAUCUGAUGGGGACUCGCAUCUCAGGAGCCGGAGGUGACUAAAGAAAUGUUGAAUACAGUACUCUGCAAAAAAUAACGUGUGGAUUUCUCAAUCCUGAAGAACAAGAAAAGGUCUCAGACUCUGGAUACUGGCUGUGGGAUUUUUUUUUUAUUAUUAUUUUUGUUUGGUUUGUUUCCCCCUUUUUGGAUGUGAAUUGAAGGCCAACAACAGUUGAAGUGUUGGAAGCAAGCGCAGGAGGACACUCAUCUUUUUAUUUGAACCCUUGUUUGCUGGGAUACUUUCAAGCUCUCCUUCACAGUCAUGUGGUCAUCACAGCUGCUGUUCUUCACAAUGCUCUUAACACCGUUUGCCCAUGCCUGGAUUUCUUUUAAAACAGCUUUCAGCCGUGCCCCAGUGCCCAUGGCUGUGGUCCGAAGGGAGCUGUCCUGCGAGAGUUACCCCAUCGAGCUGCGCUGCCCGGGAACAGAUGUGAUCAUGAUCGAAAGUGCCAACUACGGCAGGACCGACGAUAAAAUCUGCGACUCUGAUCCUGCUCAGAUGGAGAAUAUCCGCUGUUAUCUGCCAGAUGCCUAUAAGAUUAUGACUCAAAGGUGCAGUAAUCGGACCCAGUGUGCGGUUGUUGCUGGCCCCGAUGUGUUCCCAGACCCGUGCCCCGGGACCUACAAGUACCUGGAAGUGCAGUAUGAGUGUGUCCCUUACAAAGUGGAACAAAAAGUUUUUCUUUGCCCUGGACUGCUGAAGGGAGUUUACCAGAGCGAACACUUAUUCGAGUCUGACCACCAGUCGGGCGCCUGGUGCAAGGACCCUCUGCAGGCCUCUGACAAGAUCUACUACAUGCCCUGGACGCCGUACCGGACGGACACGCUGACGGAGUACUCCUCCAAGGACGACUUCAUCGCCGGCAGGCCGACCACCACCUACAAGCUCCCGCACCGUGUGGACGGCACGGGGUUCGUGGUGUAUGAUGGGGCUCUGUUCUUCAACAAGGAGCGGACCAGGAACAUCGUCAAGUUCGACCUGCGGACCCGGAUAAAGAGCGGGGAGGCGAUCAUCGCCAACGCCAACUACCACGACACCUCUCCCUACCGCUGGGGCGGCAAGUCCGACAUCGACCUGGCCGUGGACGAGAACGGGCUCUGGGUAAUCUAUGCAACAGAACAGAAUAAUGGCAAAAUUGUCAUUAGCCAGUUGAACCCUUACACGUUGAGGAUCGAAGGGACGUGGGAUACUGCCUAUGACAAGAGGUCAGCUUCCAAUGCCUUCAUGAUCUGUGGGAUUUUAUAUGUAGUGAAGUCUGUGUACGAAGAUGACGACAAUGAAGCCACAGGGAAUAAAAUAGACUACAUAUAUAACACUGACCAAAGCAAGGAUAGCAUGGUGGAUGUGCCCUUUCCAAACUCCUACCAGUACAUUGCUGCUGUGGAUUAUAAUCCCCGGGACAACCUCCUCUAUGUAUGGAACAAUUAUCACGUUGUAAAAUACUCCUUGGAUUUUGGCCCGCUGGACAGCAGAGCAGGGCAGGCUCACCACGGGCAGGUUUCCUACAUUGCCCCACCGAUCCACCUGGAUUCGGAUCUGGAGAGACCGCCAUCCAAGGGAGUAUCCACCUCGGGGGCUCUGGGCCCGGGGAGCACUGCUGCCAGCACCACGCCGCGCAUGGCCACCAGCACCACAGGCCGCACCACCACCACGUCGGCCUCGGGCAGGAGGAACAGGAGCACCAGCACGCCGUCCCCCAUGGCUGAUGUCCCUGAUGAAAUGACCACACACCUGCCACCUGCCUCCUCCCAGCUGCCUCCAGCCGGGGCGGAGAGCUGCGACCCCAUGGAGGCCCGCGACAUCAUGUGGUCCCGCACUCGGCAGGGCCAGUUGGCCAAGCAGCCCUGUCCCUUGGGCUCCAUAGGUGUUGCAACUUUCCGGUGUCUCGCGCCUGAUGGUAUCUGGGAACCCCAAGGACCUGAUCUUAGCAACUGCUCUUCACCCUGGAUCAACCACAUCACUCAAAAGAUGCGGUCGGGGGAGAUGGCCGCCAACAUCGCACGGGAGCUGGCGGAGCACACCAGGAACCACCUGUACGCCGGGGACAUCGCCUACUCCGUGUCCGCCAUGGUGCAGCUCGUCAACCUGCUGGACGUGCAGCUCCGCAACCUGACUCCCGGCGGGAAGGACAGCGCCGCGCGCAGCCUCAACAAGCUUCAGAAAAGGGAGCGCUCUUGCAGGGCCUAUGUCCAGGCCAUGGUGGAGACGGUGAACAACCUCCUGCAGCCUCAGGCUCUGAACGCGUGGAGGGACCUGAACGCGAGCGAGCAGCAGCGCGCAGCCACCAAGCUGCUGGACACGGUGGAGGACAGCGCCUUCGUGCUGGCUGACAACCUGCUGAAGACAGACAUCGUCCGGGAGAACACUGACAACAUCCAGCUGGAAGUUGCGAGACUGAGCACAGAUGGGAAUCUGGAGGAUCUGAAGUUUCCCCAGAACAUGGGCCAUGGAAGCGCCAUUCAGCUGUCAGCAAAUACCUUGAAGCAAAAUGGUCGAAAUGGUGAGAUCAGGGUGGCUUUUGUGCUGUACAACAACCUGGGCACUUAUCUCUCCACGGAGAAUGCCAGCAUGAAGUUGGGAACAGAAGCGAUGUCGACCAAUCACUCCGUCAUUGUCAACUCCCCUGUCAUCACGGCAGCAAUAAAUAAGGAGUUCAGCAAUAAGGUUUACCUGGCUGAUCCUGUGGUGUUCACUGUCAAGCACAUCAAGCAGUCAGAAGAAAAUUUUAACCCAAACUGUUCGUUCUGGAGCUACACGAAGCGUACGAUGACAGGGUAUUGGUCCACCCAGGGCUGUCGCCUCCUGACAACUAACAAGACACACACCACGUGCUCCUGCAACCACCUCACCAACUUUGCAGUCCUGAUGGCACAUGUGGAAGUGAAGCACAGCGAUGCAGUCCAUGACCUGCUCCUGGACUUCAUCACAUGGGUUGGCAUCCUGCUUUCCCUGGUCUGCCUCCUGAUCUGCAUCUUCACCUUCUGCUUCUUCCGUGGGCUGCAGAGCGACCGCAACACAAUUCACAAGAACUUGUGCAUCAGCCUCUUCGUGGCUGAGCUCCUCUUCCUCAUCGGCAUCAACCGGACUGACCAGCCAAUUGCCUGUGCCGUCUUCGCUGCCCUCCUGCACUUCUUCUUCCUGGCAGCUUUCACCUGGAUGUUCCUGGAGGGUGUGCAGCUGUACAUCAUGCUGGUGGAGGUGUUUGAGAGCGAGCACUCCCGGAGGAAGUAUUUCUACUUGGUGGGGUACGGCAUGCCUGCGCUGAUUGUGGCCGUGUCGGCAGCCGUGGACUACCGGAGCUACGGCACGGACAAAGUAUGUUGGCUCCGACUUGACACCUACUUCAUUUGGAGCUUUAUAGGACCAGCGACCUUGAUAAUUAUGCUUAAUGUCAUCUUCCUUGGGAUUGCUCUCUAUAAAAUGUUUCAUCAUACUGCCAUACUGAAACCUGAAUCUGGAUGUCUUGACAAUAUCAACUAUGAGGAUAACAGACCCUUCAUCAAGUCCUGGGUUAUAGGUGCAAUAGCCCUACUCUGCCUAUUAGGACUGACCUGGGCAUUCGGACUCAUGUAUAUUAAUGAAAGCACAGUCAUCAUGGCGUAUCUCUUCACCAUAUUCAAUUCUCUGCAGGGAAUGUUUAUAUUCAUUUUCCAUUGUGUCCUCCAGAAAAAGGUCCGUAAGGAGUACGGGAAAUGCCUGCGCACACAUUGCUGUAGUGGGAAAAGUACAGACAGCUCCAUCGGCUCAGGAAAAACCUCGGGGUCAAGGACACCUGGAAGAUAUUCCACAGGCUCACAGAGCCGGAUUCGUAGGAUGUGGAAUGACACAGUUCGAAAGCAGUCCGAGUCUUCCUUUAUUACUGGAGAUAUAAACAGUUCAGCUUCACUCAACAGAGGAGCCAUGGCUAAUCAUCUUAUAACCAAUGCUCUGCUUCGUCCUCAUGGCACUAACAACCCUUAUAAUACAUUGCUCGGGGAAUCGGCGGUCUAUAACAACCCUUCUGUCAGCAUGUACAACGCACAAGAAGGCGUCAGGACGCCCAAGCAGGAGCCGGUCUUCAGGCGAGUCACCAUGGAGGACAGUGUCAUCUAGCACCUGGGGACCCUGAGCCUGCCCCGGCCAGCCCGUGCCAGUACACCACCUCCUCUGUGCCUCAGCCCCCCGUCCCUCACUUGGGAUCGUGCUACAGGAGAGGCUGGAGAAGCUGGCCUCGACCAAACCCUCGCAUCCCCAUGGAGAGAGCAGCCAGCUGAGAUUCCCACUGCAUGGCAGCGCCCUGGGAUGGGCCCUCGGUGUUUGGCCGCUCGUCUGUUUUUUGAAGAUGAGCAGAGCAGGUGAAAAUUGUCUUUUGUAAUAAGAAAUUAGUUUCACCUGCUCAGAACAUUGACUUUGCGACUUGAUAACACUUUAAAAAUGGCCGAGUGUGCUUGAUCCACCAUUCUGGGCCUCUCUCCGUGCCCUCAGGCUGGGCUGUAGAAAGGGGAACCUGCCGGAUCCAGGUUGCUGUUGUAAAUACAGACCUGUCAGUGUGAAGAGCCAACCAGGGAAGGCCCAGAGGGACAGAGAAGUAGUCCUUACACCAGGAGAAGCUGAACGUGCCAGCAGAGUACUGUCAAGCGAAGCUGUUGCUUGUAAAUAGGGACUGGCGCAUGUGUCCAGCAGCAGCUCCGCUUGGCCAAAGCUUCUCGGGGGAAAGCUGCUCAGAUUUUAUUGUCUUGUGUAAAUAGAAAUAUUUUUUUGAGGAAAAAAAAAAAGAAAAGAGCCUUAGUAUCUUGAAGUUAGCGUUUCUCAAUCAGCUCAGCUGGGGAUGGAUAUAUGGGAACCCAUGGGAUCUGCCUGCUGGAGGCUGGCGUGGGCUCUCGCAGCCAAGCUCUGCCAUCACUGCAGGAGACACCUGAAGGAGGAUGGACCUGUCCAGCAGAGGAUUCAGCAGACAUUUCUCCCUAGUCGCUGUCAGCAGGGUGAACUCGUCGGUCCCAUGGUCUCCGCUGAUGUAAAUAAUCAGCUACAGCCCACAGAGGACUUGGACUGCUUGGUGCAGUUGUGGGAGGGAGGAGGGUGGGAUGGGCAGAAGUCAUCAGAGGGAUGCAAACCCCAUCAGCGUGGUGAUCCUCAGGCUUUUAGCAUUAGUUUAAAAAAAAAAAAAAGAAAAAAACCCCAAACCCUGAAGGCUUAUUAAUGGCUUUGGGCCCACUGUUUGGCUGGGUAAAUGGAGGCAUGCCUAGACAUGUUGUGUGUUCAUGUCAGCCAGUGCCUGUCUGUGCAGUUCUCUGUCUGUGCAAACGCGUGUGCAAGGCUGUGUCUGGUUCGGGGGCUGCCAGCCACUGCCGGUCCCUGUGUCUGUGUAGCUGUGUCCAUGAGAGAGGAGAGAAAAUGGAUGUGUGUGUUGUACUGCCCUUUAUCCACCCAAACAUGUUCCAGGAGUCGUAGGUAACGCUGCUGGGUCCAGCUCCAGUAGCAGGAGUGCAGAGUAGUGUCCGCACCUCUCCAGGGAAUGAGGCUUAUUUACUCUGAGUCUGUUCGGAUUCAUGCAGUGCAGGGAAAUUAGGAAAAGAGAAUGAAAUUAGAAAUUGAAAUUAGGAAAAAGCCCAUACAUUGUAUUUUUGAAAGUUACCCCCAAUAACUUUCUCUGGACAUAGAAGUGUCUCCUCAGCUUAGCAUUUUGCAGGAAAGCAGUGCCAAGGUGAAGUGUCUUCCCCAUGAGAAAGCCAGAUAGCUUUUUAGCACAACUGUUUUUAGCACAGCACUGGGGCCAAAGCCCCUUUAGCUUUGCAAGGAAUGGGCAGUGGGCAAUCAACAGAAAUUGGAAUCUGCCUCAAAUUCCUGAGGGAUUUGGGCAUCCAGAGUGGUAAUUUGCUUGCAGUGGUCCAAGGUGAGCUGCAGGGAGUCUUUUCCACUUGAAUACUUGAAUACCUCCUGUCAUCCAGCUGUGUGUGUUGCCAUUAACACCUAACAACUGCCAGUGCCAAGUGAUUUAUAUAUUUAUCAGGGCAUUUUUUAAUUUAUCAAACCAGUGCAUGGGAGGCACUGUGCUUUCAUCUGCCACAUGUGGACACCUCUUCCUUUGCCCACUUCUCCAGGUUUGUAUAGUGUCCCCAGGCAAGGUGACCAUCAUCUUGGGGAUGUGGUUUCCUCCCCAGUGAAGGUUGUUAAUCUUUUUUCCAGGGAGAAAAAUAGUGAAAGAUAUGAGUAACACACCCUGACUUUGUGCUGGAAAUGUGCUGAAAGUCAGCCAGCAUAUUAAGCAAAACAAGUAACUCCAAAAUGUUUGAAAGUUCACGAUCUUUCACAGAUAUGAGGAAAUAUAGAAACCAUUUCUAUGGUUUCUAGGGCCCCAAAGGGCAAUGCGAAAUCCUGAACCCAAGGCUUCCUGACCCUGGGGAGGUUUGAGGUGCAGCAUGGGGAAAACUUACGGGCAGCAAUUACAGGAAAGAAGAUAUUCCCUGGUUUUAUUAGAUUGCAGGAAAGCAGAACUCCCCUAGCUGGGUUGAGUGGGGGAUUUUUUUUCAUUGGAACACUCACUAUUAGUUCCUCUUCCCAGACAGUCCCAUUAUCCUAUACCUUGAACCCUUUAUGUCUAGAAGUUAGGAGUUAGGAGGCGUUUACAAUAACCUUCAAAGUUUCUCUCUCUCUCCAACCCUAAAAGAGGCUGACACCCCACAACUGACAGUUGUGAAGAUGAGCCAGACCAACCCCAAGUCCUCAUAAAAAUGAUGAAUCCCAUCCACUGCAUCCAUAUUGAUGGCACACAGGUCACACAUGGAGAUGAGCAGUGAGGAGGGGGAGGCAGAUAAUCACUGAAGAUUGCGUGAGGGAGGUGCUGUUACCAAACCCACCUGGCAGAGUUUUGAUUUAAUCCAGCCCUGAGUCAAUACUGAUUGACAUUUCAUUCGCUUUCCAUAUCGUAACUGGACUUCCUUACUCCUCAGGCAUGGAAUGAAUCUUAAUACAUUGUAAUUACUGUACUCCUGGUGGUGAACCGGUAUGAAAAGCUAUCACAGAAAGCAUUAAUAAAAUGUACAUUAUGAAAAAGAACUCGGCAUUGUCUGAAAUUAAUAAUGCACCAGAUUUUUCUCAUCCACGCCUGCUCAUUACAGGCCUGCCCUUGAGUUUUCUAUUAAAAUGACUUAUUCAAGCUACUUGUAUAGCUGUGCUCAGCGUGAAGUUAUCUGCUGUAGGUUUGCAUCCCAGUUAGAUGUACCGCAUGAGGACUUAUUAAUCUGUUAUAUCUUUCAGGCAUUGAUUUUGGUGACAUUUAUAUAACGCUGGUAUGACUGAAAUGAACUGAUUGAUUCAUGCGUAUGGAUUAGUUUGCCUAAGACUUUGAGGCGAGGUAGCUUUAUCAUGCACUGUAACGCCAGAAUUCAUCACUGUAUUAUUUACGAGAGACUGAACUGGCUGCAUCUCAACAACUGAAGAGAUCUUCACUGUUUUAUUUAUGUAUAAAUGUUUACUUAAUCAGCCGCCAAUUUUGUUUAGCAGAAUUUGUUCGCAAACGGAAAUUGUAAACGAUAACGUGGUUUCUAUUUUAAAAUUUACAGGCUUUCAUCUAUAGCAAAAUCCAAGAUUUCCAAAGUGUCUUUGUCUACUGGCAAUCAACAAGCUCUCUUGUAUAUGCUUUCUGGUAAUUGCAAUUAGCUGCUGCAAUAUUUCACAUAAAAAACAAUGCAACCCUAA